AUGCUUCUGAACUUCAAUCCUUUCGUAGGCGUCGCGGUGUCGGCACUUUUACCGUUGCUAGGCCAUGCUGCCAAUGCUUCCGUUUCAGCCUGGUACGAGGCUGAGAUUGCCUUCCUGGCUGACCUAAAGAGUCGAGUGACUGGUACACCUAGCCACAACAAACUCAUUGACCAUAUUGAGGCCGAACUCGGACUCUUGGGACUGAAAGUAUACACCGACACGUUGAACUUCACAUACAUUGACCAGCCAUUGACUCCACCAAGCCUGUCAGUCGGAGGUCAAGAUGUCGAAAUCUCAUCCUAUGCUCCCUAUUCAGGCGAGACAAACGACACCGGGGUGACAGGCACCCUGAUUGACUUGAUUGGACCGACCAUAGAGCCAAACUGGACCAAGGCUGCUGGCAAUAUUGCGGUGCUCAACAUAACCAACACCCCAGCGAAUUUUUCUACCAUGCUGACGGUUUGGCCCGGACAACCUCAGUGGCCAAUUGGUACCGGUGUAGCAUCACUGUCAGCAGACGCUAGCGUUGCGAAUCUGACGGAGGCUGCUAAUGCCGGAGUCAAAGGUGUCAUAUAUGUGUGGGAGGAGAUGAGCGCAGGGAAUGCGCAAGGCCAGUACGUCCCAUUCAAGCGACUGUACCAAGGCUGUCCGACGGUCUUUGUCGCUGCUGACGCAGCGAAGACGGUACUCGAUGCGACAAAGGCUAAGAAACAGGCGCACCUCACGCUCAGUGGCGAGUUGAUCCCCAAACAUCCCACAAGGACGAUAUGGACCGUCGUGGAAGGAACCAAGUACCCUAACGAAUCAGUCAUCAUCAACACGCACACAGAUGGAGUCAAUGCAGUCGAAGAGAAUGGACAUAUCGCCCUGCUCACGAAGGCCAAAGAUCUUGUGGCCAAUCCGCCCGAACGCACGACGGUUCUAGUCUUUAUUACGGGCCAUAUGCAUCAACCGGCCUUCAGCACCAAGGGCCGUGCUACGACCCGCUGGAUGGACGAUAAUCCGAAGUACUGGAAAGGUGGCGAGGGCCAAAUGAAGGCCAUUGCUAGCACAUGCGUAGAGCAUCUGGGUGCGAUCGAUUGGGUCGAGGACCUCGCCACCGGCAAGUACUAUACAACGGGUAAUCAGACGGCCGAACUGCUCUAUGCAAACACCCCCGAGGUACUGAACAUCACCAAACAAAAUUGGCAUGGUGCAUAUCCUAAUUUUCUCCGCGUGAACGAUCCAAUCCCCAAGGGUGUGCAGACCGGUGAAGGCGAACCGCUCACUGAUGAGCGCAUCCCGAAUAUGUCAAUAAUCACGACGCCAUUGUACCUCCUGGCUGAGUGGCCGGAGGACUUUGACGAAAGACAGUUGGUCGAUAUUGCCGCCAUGUCAAGACAAAUUGACAGCUUCAUGAGGAUCUGGAAGGUCAUGGACACGAUGCCCGCCGAUUCGUUUGGGGUAGUGCCAAAAAUGGGAACCCCACUAUCAGAAUAG